UUGAGCAACCGGUGGAGAGAACAUGUGUCAGAGAGAAUAUUCGGGAGCAGGAGGCAGAAACACAGUCAAGAGGAGCAGUCAUUCAUUCAUUCAUUCAUUCAUUCGGAUUGUGUACUUUAUCCACCAUGUCUGUGUACAACUCGUUCUUUAAGGACUCUUCGUCACUGUGGACUUCUAUCCUGUGCUCGGCUUUCAGCGUGUGGACUCUGGUUCAGGGUGAGGUUCUGGUGAUUGGUUCAAAUCUUCCUAUCAUUGCUGCUCCGGGUGAUGAUGUCAUCCUGCCGUGUCACCUGGAGCCCAUGUUCGAUGUCCAGGGUCUGACGGUGGAGUGGUCCAAACCCGACCUGAAGCCUGACCCGUCAGACCGGCUGAGCCGAGUGGAGUACGUUCACCUGUACAGGGACAGGCAGGAGGUCCCCGACAUGAAGAUGGCCUCGUACUUCAGGAGGACGGAGCUGUUCAUGGACGCCAUGAAACACGGGAACAUUUCACUGAAGAUCCUGAACGUGUCGGAGGAAGACAACGGCAGAUACAGAUGCUUCAUCCCCAAGCUGAGGAGCCGAGUGAAAGCUGCGAUUGUUGAACUUGUAGUCGAUCCAAAUUUUGCUAAAACCUCCACGACAGAGAUGCCGUUGCACUUCCAAACGCCAGAUCCUCAGGACACGACUCCAGCAAACGCAGGUCGAUCCAGGGUCUCUGUGGUCGCCGUUGUCAUCACCUUCAUGUCGGUUCUGGUUGUCGCCGCUUUUUCUGCAUGUUUCUCUCGCUGCCUUCAUCAGAAAUUAAAUAAGCUUUCAGAAGGCAAAGCGACCCAAAGCCAAGUAUAACUAUUCCAGGUGCUUUGCGAACGUUGGUGUUAAUGGAGCUGAGACCAUUUGAGAUCUUCACAGUCAGGUUGGAAAUUUAAACCUGCAGCCACAGGGAGACACUCGGGCCCAGCAGCACUGAGGUCAUCAUAAAGGCAGUGGAUUCUAUUUUUUUAUUUUAUUUUUUUAAAGCUGAAGACUCAAGCCAUGUUCAGUUUAUUUAUCGAGCUCAUUUUCAAAGAAAAAGAACAUUUAAGGAUUUAAGGACUUCCUAGUCCCGGAUACCCUUUAAUGCAAGACUGAAGAAAACCUCCUCUGCUCAACAUGUUGAAGGAUGAAGAUCAUAUUUAUUUUUAUGGAUUUGUAUUAACUUGAAGCCUUAAAAUUCUAACUUAUUAAAAUUUUACACCUUACUGGUUAAGGACAAAGUAAUUCUUCCUAAAAGCUACUAGUGAUGGACAAGUUAAAAGAGGAAGUCCUCCCUGAAAUUGAUUUGCUGCUUUAUUUAGAAAGUUUUAUCGGACAUUUCCAGCUCAGUGUGUUGGAAAAAGAUUUUUCUGUCAGUGUGGAUCUUGGAGAUGCAGAAGAUUGUAAAAACAUCAACAGGAUUUGAUGUAACCAUAAAGUUUGGAAACCACAUUCAGAACUUUUUGUUUCUUCAGUGUGGGAAUGUUGAACAUUCAAAGAGCUCUGUUACCAUCUUUAAUGCCACAAACUGAGCUAUUAUCAGAUUAAAUUCUCACUGUCCUCCUACACUGUUGGAAGGAAAUGCUGCACUUUCAGUCAAAUGUUUACCAAAUCAGUUUAAUGCAAGUCUGAAUACAAACAAGUCGGUUAUCAUGACACUGAUGUAGAGAAAGUAUUUACUUACAAAGGCUGUCCUGGAUGACAGCACUGUGAACAUCAUGUAACUGAUUUUCACACGAGACUUUAUAUUUUUAAACUAAUUUAUCAAAUUUAGCUUGAAAUUAGCUGGUGGUCAGAUCUCUACGACAGAGUGAAUGUAUUUAUUAAGCUGAUACAGAGCUCCAGUUUAUGUAAGAAAAACUAGAAGUGUCUAUAUUUUUUUCAUUUUAAGUUACAAACUGCAAGCUACAAACCGAUUCGGAUUUAAAUUUUUGUUGCAGUCAUCAGUGAUAAUUUCGUUAACCAAUAAUUUUCAUCAUGUACAUUUGAUCUACCUCUGGUAAACGACACGGCUAGCUCCCAUCCUCCUUGUUUCUCAUGAAAAUGCAACAAAAUAUCAACGCUGGAGAAGAGAAGAGCAGACAUGUGGACACGUUGAUGCCAAGGAAAAGCAGACACUUUGUGAACCGUGUGGGGCAACUCUCACCGGUACAAACACAAGCAGCACUGUAUAUGUUAGACAGUCAACUUUAGACUCAAAGAUUUAGCUGCUCUAUUAACAAUGACUGACAGAAAAGUGCCUAGUUGUUAUUUCAUUCCUCUUUAACUAUUGACCUCAGACAGAUCCUUCACUGACUAAUCUUAUAACCACUCCCUGAACACCAAACACCUGCAGGCAGGGCACCAAGAUGUUGUUUGUGCUGGUUGUUGUUUAUUGCUGCUUUUAUAGUUUAUAGCGGUUAUUUUGUAUUAAGAGUCAUAAUGUAGCCCCAUGUACCUGCUCUCUGCAUUAUAAGCUCAAACAUACCCAGCAAACAUCCUGAGAGUCUCUCUCAGGUCAAAACUGAUUGUAGUACGAUUGUUCCUGUCAACAAAUGAAAUACAUCUGUAUUUGUUUUGUUUUUUUAAACAUGUCAGCCUGUCACAAGUAUUACCUCCUAGUGGUCGGCCGAUCAGUCAGUCAACCGAGUAGCAUCAGAAACGGGCUCAGAAGUUUGUGUGUUCAGUUCAUGGUUUAGGCUUCAUUGGACCAAUUCUUUUUUUUGUAUAUUUUGUUUUGUUAUAAUUGAUUAAGAAAGAGUGGAACACAAUUUUAGCACACAAAAUUUCUUAUCAUAGAAAGCAACAACAUCCAGGCCAUGGAUGUGAUUUUUAGAUCGAGGGCCACAUACAGCCAUCUUUGAUCUUAAGGAACAGACUGGAACAGCUCAGAAUGGAGUCUUUGCUGGGCCGAUUCUGGACCCUGGGCCUUAUGUUUGACUCCCCUGAUCUAGGCGAUGUUAAAGAGUAGAUCAAAAUGAUGUCUGUAAUGUCUACAACUUAGUUCAAAUUUAAUUUUGGAACAUUUUUUUUUCUAACCAGGUCCAAAAAACAAACAACCAAAAAAUAAGUUAUUCAACAUCAAAAUGUUUGCUGGGUAGGUGAAUAUUUACCAAAAAAAGUCCUUUAUCUGUCUUUUAUUAUUUUUGCUUAUUUUAAUUUGUGUUUUUCGUUUCCUGCUUUAGCACUUUAUUAACUGUACCUUACAUUUAUUUCAGCUCAUUUGUCGUUAAGGCUUGACAUUCAUUGUCUUUUGCUUUUGUGUAGAAACUUUGUACAAAUGUUCCAGUUCUAAUUAAAAGUGUUGCACGCCUCAUCAAACUGGUCAUACUUCAUUACCACUGUUGUUUUAUGUGUUUCACAGACUGAAAGAGCCACUGCUGCUGCACUGAAUUAAAGUUGUGUGUCUUUG